AAGGCUUCUAAGAAUUAGGGUUUUCAUCUGUUCUAAAACCUUUAUAAAUCGAAACCCUAAGCGCCUCCCAUUCUCUUCUUGAUAGGCGAAAGUAAGAACACUUCACUAGAGGCAGAAACACCAUCACCGUCACCAUAAGCCGCCAUGGUGAAGUACUCAAGAGAGCCUGAAAAUCCUACUAAGUCAUGCAAGGCAAGGGGCUCUGACCUCAGAGUUCACUUCAAGAAUACAAGAGAGACAGCCUUUGCCUUGAGGAAGCUACCUUUGACAAAGGCUAAGAGGUAUUUGGAAGAUGUUAUGGCUCACAAGCAAGCUAUACCUUUCAGACGUUUCUGUGGUGGUGUUGGGCGUACUGCUCAAGCAAAAAACAGGCAUUCAAAUGGUCAAGGACGCUGGCCUGUAAAAUCUGCCAAGUUCAUUCUAGAUUUGCUCAAGAAUGCUGAGAGCAACGCUGAGGUUAAGGGUUUGGAUGUCGAUGCACUCUACAUUUCUCACAUCCAAGUGAAUCAGGCACAGAAGCAGAGGCGUCGAACUUAUCGCGCCCAUGGAAGAAUCAAUCCUUACAUGUCCAGCCCUUGCCACAUUGAGCUGAUUUUGGCUGAGAAAGAAGAAGCAGUGAGGAAGGAGCCUGAGACACAGCUUGCUACCAGCAACAAACCCAAGAAGUCUCAAGCUCUACGAUCUGGUGCUUCCUCUUAAGUAGGGAUAUCAUAAUUUACCAAUAGAAGGAGCACUAGGAAGUGUUUGUGUUUUUGUUGUUUGGAAAGAAUUUUGUUGCUUUUCAAUUUAGAAUGAGCUACUUAGAUGAAUUGAACAGCUUGUUUGUUUAUUUUGACCUAUGUUUAGUUAAUUGCUCUAUGAGAUUUUUGUCGAAGAAUUUAUUUGAGAGCUCAUCUUUUCCCGAGUUUUAUAUGAUAUGAUUGUAUGAAGAAUCACUGUGUUUGGUAAUGGAAUGUGUUUCCAGCUUC